AGCUUACCAAUUAGAACCAAUCAAACUCCGUAUUUAAGAACUUUAAUUAGCUCAGGUGGGCAAACUGACCAGUGACAAAGACGAACUUCUUCGAUCUCUGAUUUCUGAUCCGAUGUUUCCUUUUCAGUAAAAGAGUUUCAAUGAGGGAAUGGAAGUGGAUGGCAGCUCUUCUUGUCUCCAUCUGAAUUCUGAACAGAGCCCAUCUCUGCCAAAACGUGGAGGACGAGGCUUGAAGAGUUUCUUGUUGAGUAGUUGUGGUCUGCGCCAAAACUGGAGAGCUUAGAAAAUGGAAAUGGGGAAAAUCACAGUCCAAAACUGCAGAUACAUUCCGGUCACUGAGAGUUGACGAGACCACAGUCUUCUCAGACUCAUGAUGCGCGCCAUUGCUGCCGCCGAGAAGGAACUUGCCACCAAUCAGAAGCAAGUCUCAACCCAUAGUCGUGCUGCCUUUGCUCUUCUUCUCCCUGGAUUCGCAACUACCGUCACAUGUAGCAGCCGUCGUGCAAGAGGCCGGCCACCGUUUGCCAAGCAACUGGAGCUCAUGAGGAGCGUUGUUGCUCUCUUUAUUCUCCGAUCUGACACACAUGUCCAUGUAAAAAGUCACACAUACAAAUACAUAGUGUAUACAAUCAUAAUGACAAGCAUAAGAAUGCAUAAUACCACACUUGCCCUUAUUUAAUGAAAAACAUGCCUAUUAAAUUAAAUUUAAAAAAAGUAAAAGAAAAAGUUCAAACAUGCCAUGAAUUAGAUGUAGACAAAUGUAUUCCCACUGUUGACGAAUUAGAGACAGAUUUUGGUUGGGUGGGUCAUCGUCCCCGGCACACUUACAGGUGACAAAGACGAACUUCAUCCAUCUCCGAUUUCUUCUUCGAUGUUUCCUUACCAGUAAAAUAGUUCCAAUGUGGGAAUGGAAGCGGAUGGCAGCUCUUCUGGUCUCCAUCUGAAUUCUGAACAGAGUAAAAUAGUUGCAAUGUGGGAAUGGAAGCGGAUGGCAGCUCUUCUUGUCUCCAUCUGAAUUCUGAACAGAGGUAAUCAAACAAAGAUCUUUGAUAAGG